AUGCACACAUUAUGUUUACUUGAUAUUAAAAUAAAAGAACAAAGUUUGGAAAAUAUUUUGAAAAAAAGAAAUGAAUACGAGAAACCAUGUUUUCUAACUUGUUCCCAAGCUGCUAAACAAAUAAUUAAAAUAAUUGAGAGGAAUAAAGGAAAUCUGGUUGUAAAUGCUGAUAUAUUUGUUGUUGGAAUUGCUAGAAUUGGUUGGGAUGAUCAAAAGAUUGUCUAUGCUACUCUUCGACAGUUAGCCUUUGAAGUGGAUAUGGGGUUACCUCUUCACAGUCUAAUCAUUCCUUCUUUUGAUUUACAUCCUUUGGAGAAAGAAAUGCUUAAUUCUUUUAUUUUUAAAUAA